CAGACACAGAGACACACACAGUUUGGCUUUAGUGUCCAGGAGUGUGAAGAUCGGGGACCAUCGCGCUGCCCUCGCAAGGUUGACCUCUGCGCCUCCGCGCCGCCUCUGCAGGACUCGCACCGGGGCUCCUUCACAGACGUAUUUUCUCAAAGUCAACUGAAGCCAGGAUGUCCCAGUUCUGCACCAUGUCCACGGGCGAAAGGAAGAAACGGGCAGCAGCCAUUUGUCAGGAGGUUCAAGGCAGCAACGGGUACGUGAUGGACCUGGGGAAGAAGCUGAGCACUCCCAAAGACAUCAUGCUGGAGGAGCUAUCUCUGCUCUCCAAUCGAGGGUCCAGACUGUUCAAAAUGCGACAGAAACGAUCGGACAAAUACACGUUUGAGAGCAUACAGAACGAGGCAAAUGCACGGCUAAAUAGCGACAUUCUGAAUGAUAGCACACACACUGUCGAGAUAAAGGUGGAGACGGAGGCCAAUGACAGCACGACGAGCCAAAGCAGCACGAAUCCAGACACGACUCCACAGAUAACAAAUCCCUCCUCUGUGUCUAAAUCCUACCACUCACCGUGGGAAGAGGUGCUCCUCCGUGACCCCGACCUGGCCGACACCAUUAAAAUGAGGAUGCCUGUCAUGGAUCCGAGACCGGAACUGCCGGAGUACAAGUGCUUCAAUCGUGUUGCGACUCCAUACGGGGGCUUCGACAAAGCUCCCAGAGCCAUCACGUUUAAACUACCCACCAUCGACCUGAGCCCACCACGGUACCCAGAACUACAAGACACUGGGAUCAAGCGACCCACCUUCAACCGGACGGCCCAAGGCUGGAUAUCCGAGAGCACCCACCUGAUCCUGCCCACCAUCACCCUAGAGCCUGCCGAAGUUCCCGAGUCAGAUGACCUGUAGGAGUACAAAACAGUAGUUUUCGCGAGUUACACUUGCAUAAUCACAUCUGAACUUCUGACUUUUCUGCUCCGGUGGACGUCCAGUUUUCACUCUCACUGUCCUGUUUAGCUGCAGAAGCACCAGCAGGUGAAAGUCUAUGGAGUAACAGAAUGUAAAUAAACAGCAGGGAAGUUAUUUAUUGACAGCUCAUCAUGUAAACUGGUAAAGCAGCAGUAAUUGUUUCACAGACGAUGACGUCCGAAGCUGUGUACUUCAUGUUGAAUGUUACGCUGCCAGGACAAGUGGAAUUUCAAACGAAAGGCAUCUAAAAUAAGCAGCUCAAAUACUCAUAAAAGUGAAUUGGCCAUGGGUGUAAAAUGUGUGUUGCUGUUUACGUAUGGAAGAAAAAAUAAAUAAAGUAAAUAUUCCAGCUUCAACGUUGGAAGCGACUUUGUUUACAGUGUAGACCAGCGACAUGUUCCAGGUGAUGGCGGGUAAAUGCAGGAAUCCAAAGAGUUCUUCUGUUACCAGGUCAACCAACCUCUGGGUCAGUCCCUGGGCCUCCUCCCAGGUGCAGUUGUCGAGGUUAGCCAUCUAGGCCACAUGUAUUGGCUUCUACAAAUUAGGAGGAGCAUUGGUUCUAUGUUGAGUCGCUCCCAAAUGACCUUAUCUCAAAGGAAAGAUCCAGUUGCACUUCAGAACCAGAAGUACAGUGGUACCUCGGUUUAGGAACGUCUCGGACUUCGACCAAAUUGGAGCGCCCCCGAAAAAAGCCGGAAAAAAACAUAACAUGCGCGGACCGAUCAGCUGACCCACGACGCGCUUUGUUAUUCUGUACAACGCAGCCUCUGUAUGCAGACGUGUCCCAUUAGCUACAUUUACUGACUGUUUUUUCUUCAUAUUGAGGUGUAAAACCUUUCCUGUCUCCGCACUGGACCGUGGUAGAGUGUCACAGGGGAGGUGCUGGAGCGCUCACUCCAGGGUUUGAUGUCCUGUUGUGGGCUGGAGCUGGGACAGGGAUGAGGCUAGUCUGGGACAGAGCGUGACUUGGUUAAUGACUUUGUCACAGCCAAACUGCACAGAAGCGCACAUUCAGAGCUGGACACGCACCGGGCACCUCUUCACUUCUGGAGAGACCUCACUCACUCGGCAACCCCUCCCACAUGCUCGGAACGCAUUAUUUCUAUUUCCAUUAAUUGUAAUGAGAAAAAUCGAUUCAGAUUUCAAACAAAUUGCUUCUCGAACGGCCGUCUGGAACGGAUUGUGGUCGAGAACCGAGCUACCACUGUAAUUCCAGCCACUUGUAUCCAUGGUCUUCAGCAGGUAGGAAUUCACUCCAGGAAAACUAAUGUCAAGAAGAAAACAUUUUAAGAUGCUGCCAGAAAAGCAUUGUGCAGACCUCCUUCAAGCAGCUCCUUUACAGCCUUUUUUUUGGCAAACCAUUUAGCUGAGUGCGCCAUCAGGUGGCAGUGAGGUUCCAGUUCUUGCAUGCAAGUGAAGAAACCGCAGAUUGUGAGGAGGACUCUUGGGUCCAGACAUUAUCCCCUGGUUUCUGCCCCAAAAAAAGCUCACUGUAAUCGAUUGUUUACAUAUCUUGUUAUUAGACAGGUAAAUGCAAACAAUGGUGGAGGCAGAUUUUUAAAAAGUAGCAAUCUGCAAUCUCAAUGCACAUGAGCAUUUGCCAGCAGGUAUGUAUUUUAGGAGGGGAUGACGUCCAGAAGUGUCUUAUAACAGAGAGGCAUGCGACGUCCUCACAGUGGACUGAAACCGUAUCACAUUUUAUUACGAGUGGGGAGGAAGAGGAUCACACCUGGACAUGAGCAAGACAAGAAGGGACUCAUUCUUUUGAUCUGUCCAUCACGCAAAGCAACUACAGAGAAAAAAAUGAGAGCACCAGGAAGUAUUUUUGGAUGCAAAGCAUUUUGUGUUCAUCUGUGUGGAGAUUAUUUUUAGGCGUGAGAUUGUAAAAAUGCUAAGACUUUAAUGGCUGCUGAAACGGUCUCUCUGCAGAUAGACAACCGGAGCGUCUCUUCAAUAUGGACUGAAGAAUGAGUCGCCCAAUAGAGUCUUUCAGCUCCCGACGAGAAUAGAGUCAUAAUCCAAUAAAUGGUGGUGGUUCGUGACUCAGCAAGUUAUGUUCCUUUGUCCA